AUGCCAUCACAAUCAAGCUUUGGCAAGGCUCUUGGCCUCGCCACCUUCGCGUCUCUUGUCGCCGCUGCGCCAUGUGAUAUCUACGCUUCGGGCAAUACUCCAUGUAUUGCUGCGCACAGCACCACGCGUGCACUUUACGAUGGAUACAGUGGACCACUCUAUCAGGUCAAGCGUGAUUCGGAUGGCGCGACGAUUGAUAUCUCGCCCCUGUCCAAGGGCGGCGUGGCCAACGCUGGCGCCCAGGAUAGCUUCUGUGCCAACACCACAUGUUUGAUCACCGUCAUCUACGAUCAAUCUGGUCGUACCAAUCAUCUCACCCAAGCUCCACCUGGCGGUGCUGCCAGUGGUCCCCAACCCGGUGGUUACGACAAUCUUGCGAGCGCGACCGGCGCUCCAGUCACCUUAAAUGGCCGCAAGGCAUACGGUGUCUUCAUCUCUCCAGGCACCGGCUACCGAAACAACCACGCCAGCGGUACCGCUGUGGGUGAUCAGUCCCAAGGAAUGUACGCUGUCAUUGACGCGACCCAUUACAAUGGUGGCUGCUGCUUCGAUUACGGCAAUGCUGAGAUUAAUAACCUCGACACUGGCAAUGGUCACAUGGAGGCCAUCUACUUUGGUAAUAAUGACUACUGGGGAUCUGGUGCUGGGAGCGGACCCUGGCUUAUGGCUGAUCUCGAAAAUGGACUAUUCACGGGAAUCAACGUCAAGAACAAUCAGAAUGUUCCCACCAUCACCGAUCGCUUCUUCACCUCAGUCGUCAAGGGAGCGCCAGGCUUGUGGGCUCUUCGCGGUGCCAACUCCGCAGCUACACCAUUGAAGACGUACUACAGCGGUGCAAGACCGAACGCGAACGGAUACAACCCCAUGAGCAAGGAGGGUGCUAUCAUUCUCGGAAUCGGCGGUGACAACAGCAUCUCCGGUCAGGGUACCUUUUACGAGGGUGUCAUGACUAGCGGCUACCCGAGCGAUGCCAUCGAAAACAAGGUCGCUGCCAACGUCGCAGCUCAGAAGUAUGCCGUGACUUCAUUGGUGAGCGGACCUGCAAUCACUGUCGGCUCCUCGGUGUCCAUCCGUUUGACGACUCCCGGCUACACCGACCGCUACCUCGCCCAUAGCGGUACAACGGUCAGCACCCCGAUCGUCAACUCGGCAAGCAGUAACACGCUCAAGCAGCAAGCCAGCUGGACCAUCCGCACCGGUCUUGGUAACAGCGCCUGCGUCUCCUUCGAAUCGAAGGACACCCCUGGCAGCUAUCUCCACCACACCGCCUUUGUCCUUCGCGUGGACGCUGCAAAUGGCGACAAGCAAUUCAACGAGGACGCUACCUUCUGCCCUCAAGCUGCACUCAACGGUCAGGGCAACUCAAUCCGCUCUUGGAACUACCCGACUCGCUUUGUCCGCCACUUCAACCUGCAGGGCUACGUUGCGACCAACGGUGGUCCGGAUCAAUUCGAUGCAGCGAACUCGUACAACAACGAUGUCAGCUUUGCCAUUGGUGCUAGCUUUGCAUGA